CCCGGCCCAUAGUAACAAAGGAUGCGGGUGUGCAGGUGGAAGGGCGGGCUCAAGGGGCGAGCAGAAGUGGGGCCUGUCGGUCUGCCGGGGGGCCCUGCACGGGGAGAGGCCAUGAUGGGGAGAGGGUGUCUCCCUGAGGGAAGCGCAGGGGCCGAGCCUGAAGCUCCCGACGCGGCCUUUGUCCGGAGGGUGCAGGGGGCGCUCGGGCCGGGGAAACGGGAGGGCGGGAAGUCGCUCCGGGGCGGGACUCCGCAGCCGGGAGCCCGCGGUCCUUCCGGUGAGGCGGGGCUCCUUCGGCUCUCCCCGAGCUCGGCCUCGCCCCUGCUUACAGCGCCGGCUGGAGGCGGCCAGGCCCAGUUUUCCAGAAUGAUGCCAAGAAAAAGAAAGCGGUUAACUCCAUUAAAUGCUGUCCAAAGUAAACCCAGCUUCUCUCCAGCUGACACCUCUGGGAGCCUGACAGUUGUUCUUGAUGGGAAUUCCUCUCCAGUAAGCAGCAAAUACUUCAGUGAAGAGAAGAGGACAUCUUCCCGGCUAGGGACAGACUUUUUCAACCAAUCCUGCAUCAGCCUGGCUAAAUCAUUUCUUGGACAGAUUUUAGUUCAUAAACUUCCCGAUGGCAGAGAACUCCGGGGAAAGAUUGUGGAAACGGAAGCAUAUCUGGGUGGGGAAGAUGCAGCUUCCCAUUCAAAGGGAGGGAAACAAACUGCAAGAAAUACAGCAAUGUUCAUGAAACCGGGAACCUUGUACGUGUACCAGAUCUAUGGGAUUUAUUUCUGCAUGAAUGUUUCCAGCCAGGCUGAAGCACAUUUGGAAGCCAAGCAGCUGCUAAGAUGCAUGACUAGAAAAACAGGCAGUAGGUCAGUGGAAAACCAGAAGAAACAAUACAGACAGUUCUUUGGGGAAGGGGCUGCAGUACUGCUCCGGUCCUUGGAACCUCUGCAGGGCCUGGACACCAUGAGGCAGCUGCGAAGUACUCAGAGGAAAGGAUCAGCCAAACCACUGAAGGACUGGCAGCUGUGCAAUGGGCCCUCCAAGCUAUGUCAAGCACUCGCUAUAAACAAGAGCUUUGACCAAAAGGACCUGGCUCGUGACACAGCAAUCUGGAUGGAGCCUGGCUCAGAAGCACCGGGAGAGCAGGCUGUGGUGACUGCAGCCAGAAUUGGUGUCAGCUACGGUGGAGAGUGGGCACAGAAACCACUGAGGUUUUAUAUACGAGGGAACAAAUGCGUGAGUGUUGUGGACAAGAAGGUGGAGAGAGAGCAAGGUGCUGCAGACUAGAGGUGCCCAGUGCUGAAUGCUGCAAUCUCACCAGUCACAUAAAGAGGAACUAGCAUCUCCCUUGUCCCUGAGAUGAAGCCUGUGUCUGAGGAGGCACAAUUAAACUGGCUUCUAUUCCAGAAUAUCACAUUGCAAACUCAUCUCUACUUUGAUGUUCAUCUUCAUCCCUUAAGCAGGCAUGCUUACAUAAAACAUAAUUAAAAACAAGUUUCCUUAUAUCCGCUAAAACAGAGAUUGCCAAAAAGAAAAUGUCAUCAAUCUGAUUUACCUUCCCACUAUUUAUGCUCUGCAAUCACUUUUUGCAUUCUUUCUUGUUGGGCAAUGAAACUAGAUUAGUUAAUUUCACUUUCAAUUUCACCCUGAGGUGCUGGCCAGUACUUGAGUGUUUGGGGUGCUAGCACAGCAGUUGAAAAUUUGUUAAAAAAUAUUGUUCCCUUGACAUUUUUUAAGAACCAUGGUAACAUGUUUAUUGGUCCUGGGGUUUUUUAAGGCUCAAUUUAAACAAGUCCUAACUGUAGAGCCAACUUGCUCAGAUAGUGUGGCAUAAGCUUCAUCCAGUAUCACUACUCCACUAUUUCUCCCUCCCUCUGCCUGCAUGAGCUUCCAAUUAUUUCCCCCUACAACUGCUAGCUACAUUCUUCCAAGUUGAACCACGCUAUGUCUAAUCAUGGCAGAGCUCUUUGUAUUAUCUUUCUGCACUGCAGUUUGGAAGCACUCCUAACUGGCAUCAAAGUAGUAAAAAAAAUAGACAACUUAUUAAAUGAUCUAUUUUACUACCUCCCCAUCUCCUGCCAGUGCAAUACUGCUUACUGCAGUGGGCAGUAUUCCCAUCAGUAUAUAUAAAAUAGCUUCUUGGGCACAAGUGAUUACGACGGGAUUGUCAAUGAUGCAGCCAAAGCAGGAAUGUUCAAUACACACAUUCAUUCUGCAUUUGGAAAGAAUCAUGGAAAGGCAGGGUUGGAAGGGAGCUCAAGAGGCCAUCUUGUCCAUUUCUCUUUCCCCCCACAUUGAGGCUGGAUUAAGCAAACCUAGACCAUCCCUGACAGAUAUCUGUCUAACCAAUUCUUUAAAAACCUCCAAUGUUGGGGUUUCCACAACCUCUCUAGGUAGCUUGUUCCAGUGCUCAACUCCUUAGAGUUAGAAAGUUUUUCCUAAUAACCAACCUAAAUCUCCCUUGCUGCAAACUAAGUUGAUUAUUUCUUGUCCAACCCUCAGUGCACAUGGAGAACAAUUGAUCACCGUCCUCUUUAACAACCUUCUACAUAUUUGAAGACUUAUGUCCCCCCUCAGCCUUCUCUUCUCUAGACUGAAACCAUCCCUCAUAUUUUCUAAACUACUUAUUUUUGUUGCUCUCCCCUGGACUCGAGUUUGUUCACAUAUUUCUGAAAGUGUGGCACCCAAAACUGGACCCAGUACUCCAGCUAGGGCCUCACCAGUACAGAAGAGACUAAAACAAUGAUCUCCCGUGUCUUACGUAUGACACUCCUAUGAAUACAUCCCAGAAUGACAUUUGCCUCUUUUGCAAUUGGAUGAUGUUUUCAUAUCAGAUAAUGAUGAAAUACUUUCCAUUCCAAUAGUAGUUAUGGAGGAUGUUAACCAGUAUCAACUAAAGUUAAAUAUUUUUAUAAAUCAGCAAGUCCAAAUAAGUCACAUCAAAAAGAGUUUUAAAAGAAUUAGCCAAAGAGCUUUCUGGACAGUUGAUGGUAAUAUUUAAUACAUUUCGGAAUAAUGAGGAAGUUCCAGAGGACUAUAGAGAAGCUGAUGUUAUUAUGGUAUUGAAAAACAAAAACAGGAUAACUCAAGUCAUUUAUAGGCUUGUUAGCCUGAUGUUAUUCUUGGGGAAAGAAAGAAAAAUAAAAAAUAGCUAAUAUGGAGCAUAAUUAAUACCAAUCAAGAUGGUUUUAUGGAAAAAAAUGUCAAACCUAAUGUUGUUUGAUGAAAUUACAAGGUUGGUUGAUAAAGGUAAUUACUGACAUAAUAUAUUUGGAGUUCUGUAAGGAGUCUGAAUACUUCACAAUAUUUUUAUUAAAACAUUAAUAUGAUAUUAAA